GGUGCUGAGACGCCAUAGCGAGGUCCAUCCGCCAUGUUGAAUGUUGUUCGAGUCUUGUUAUUCACAGCAAAGAAUGGUUAACAGGACGAAGAAUGCUGUAGAACUGCUAUAAAAACCAAGUUAACAUGGGGAAAAGGAAAGAUAAAGAGUUAAAUAGUGAAGAAGGGAGAGUUUCUUCUCCCAAAAAGAAGCACAAACAUAAGCACAAGAAGCAUAAGAAAAGAAAAGAAGCGGAAGAUGAAUUUAGCAGAAAAGAAAGAAAGAGAGAUAAAAUAAAAAGCAAGGAUAAAGAACGACAGCAUGAACCAGAAGAGAGAUCCUUAAAAAUCAAAAUCAAACUUGGUGGACAAACACUGACAACAAAACAGGUUCCUACCAUCGUGCCAAUAUCUGAUCCUGAACCAGUUGUGUCUAGUGAAGAAGAGGAAAUUGAAAUUGAAAAUGAAGUGGAAGAAAUAGCAGAAGAAUCUGAUAAAAGCUACCAAGUUUCCUUGCAAGAAGGAAGUGAAGUUGAAGAGUCAAAAAAGAAAGGAAAAGUUUCAGACCAUGAAGAAGAGGAAUGGUUGAAUGCACUGGAGAAUGGAGAGUUAGAUGAUUAUGGUCGACUGAAACAAGAAAAAGAUAUUAGUACAAUGACUGCAAGACAGAAACAAGAAGAAAAGAUGAAGAUUCAGAAGAAGCACAGAAAAAGAGAAGACAAAGGGCCAAGAAAAGAAAACAACAAAUGCAAAAACAAAUAGAAGAUAAUAAGGCACAAACAGUGAAAAAGCUCUUGGAAAGAGAGACAAACAAGGCAAAAAAAGAUGAGGAAAAGGCUCGACGUCAGAAAGCUGCCAAGCCACAUAUAAGAUAUUUAAGCAGAAAAGAUGGCUUUUCUCUUUCAUAUCCACCUGGCUUGGAGUUCCCAUUACAAGGAGAGGUUGCCGUCAACCCACCAAAACCAAGAGAGAAGUGUACUGCACGAGGUUGCACAAAUGACAAAAAGUACAACUGUUCCAACAACAACCUUCCUGUUUGUAGCCUGGAGUGUUACAAUAUUGUCAAGAUGAUGCCCAGUCCAAAGCAAGUAGCUGUAUGAUACUUAGUAUUCUAAUAUUGCCCCAUGUAAAUAAUGUAGUUCCAUAUAUAAAGCUGUGUUCAUGUUUCUACAAUGUCUACAACUAUGUCAGACUGUUAUCAAUGCUUUUGGACAGAAGAAGAAGAAGAAAAGGACAUAUGCAUGCUCGGGUGAAAACAUAAACAACUUGUUUUUAAAUACAAAAAAAUUAGCUGAUAACAUGUAAUAAAUUGUUAUUAAUACAAACUCCAACCAUCUUUUUAAAAAGUUUAAUGCAURAAACAAUGUAUAACUUCUUACAUAUAUUUUUGACCCUUUGUAGAUUAAUACCAAGUAAUUAUCAUCAAAUAAAUGAAAAGACAUUGUUUAUUUUA